AUGAGGUAUUGGAAGUGUGUCGUAUUCCCCUCUGCGGCGCGGCUUCUUGUGGAUAGAUUGCAGCAGUGGAGAGUAUCAAAUGAGGAAGCGUAUUGGUUUCUGAGGUCAUUUGCCGUCACUGAGUCAAAUGGCGACAUGAACAGAAGGAAUAAGAGGGCAGGGGACUGUAGGAGAGCAUGUGGUGAAGAUGGCGCAAAUGUAAACGCUGCAUUCGAACAUAUUGAUGAUAUAGAUGUAGGUAGCAUGGAGUUUGAGAGUACUGAAGAGGCAGAAUCAUUCUAUAUGAUGUAUGCAAGAGCUACUGGUUUUGGUCUUGAAUGUGUUAGUUUCAUGAGGCCUCAUAGAAAGGUUGGGAAGUCGGACCUGCAACAGGCAGUAGUUAUGCAACAAGCAGGCACAAGAACAAGUCAUAUUAUGAGACUACUAGCUGUACAGGCUAGAGGAUACUACAACUUGGGCUUUCAUGAAACUGAUAUGUACAAUGCGCUAAAUCGGCAGAGACAGGUAGCAGUUGGUGAUGGGGACAGUGAUUUGGCAAUUGCAUUCUUGUUAGGCAAGCAACGAGGUGAUCCGAAUUUAUUUUUCAAAUAUUCUGUAGAUGCCCAUGGCCAUCUGAAUCGCCUGCUUUGGGCUGAUUCAGUGUGUAGAGAUGACUAUAGAUAUUUUGGUGAUGUGCUGGUGUUUGACAGCACGUAUAGUAUGAACCAGUACAGAUUUCCAUUGGUUGUGUUGUGUGGGGUUAACAAUCACUAUUCCACAUGUAUCUUUGCAUAUGCUUUUAUCAUUCAUGAAGGAGAUAAGGGAUACAAUUGGGUUAUAAGUACAUUCUUAGAAGCAAUGCAUGGGAGGAAACCAAUAGCAGUUGUGAUAGAUGGGGACAAGUCAAUGCGAAAGUGCAUUAAAAAAUUGAUGCCUACAGCUAAGCAUAGACUUUGCAGCUUUCAUUUGGAAAUGAAUGCAGCCACAAAUGUAAGGGACAAAGAGUUCUUGCAGACAUUCAAAACCUGCAUGUUUAUGAAUUGUACAGCGAUACAUUUUGAAACGAGGUGGGUAGGGGUUGUGAGACGUUUUGGGCUUGAAAAUAACGAAUAG